CCGCCUAGGGUCCCUCCCCGGCUCCGGAGAGCCGACUGGUUUCCCUGCCGGCCGCGCCAGGGUCUGCGGAGCCGCAGGGCCUUCCUCCCCUCGGAGGGAAGCAGAGAGCGCGGGGGUGGGCAGGCCUGGGCCUGGCCGGGGAGAGCCGCGGGGGCCCGGAGAGCCGCGGGGGCCGGGCCGCCCGGGAAGGCUGCGCUGUGCCUUUGGUUCCAGCCUUUCCCGGAUGGAGCCGGUUUUACCUGGGACCCGCAGUCUGCGCCGACCUUGCUUGAUCAGGCAGCAAGUUCCCACAAAGAGAAAUUUAAGUUCCACACUGACUAAGCACUUUGGCAACGCGGAAUAGAAUUUGGGUCUGUGGGAAACAUUCAAAAUCAUAAAGUUUAGAUGACCAAGAUGGACAUUCGAGGUGCUGUGGAUGCUGCUGUCCCAACUAACAUCAUUGCGGCCAAGGCUGCUGAAGUUCGUGCGAACAAAGUGAACUGGCAGUCUUAUCUUCAGGGGCAGAUGAUUUCUGCUGAAGAUUGUGAAUUUAUUCAAAGGUUUGAAAUGAAAAGAAGUUCCGAGGACAAGCAAGAGAUGCUUCAAACUGAAGGCAGCCAGUGUGCUAAAACAUUUAUAAAUCUGAUGACGCACAUCUCCAAAGAACAGACAGUGCAGUACAUACUAACCAUGGUUGAUGAUAUGCUGCAGGAAAAUCACCAGCGUGUCAGCAUUUUCUUUGACUAUGCGAAACGAAGCAAGAGCACUGCCUGGCCAUACUUUCUGCCGAUGUUGAAUCGCCAGGAUCCCUUUACUGUUCAUAUGGCAGCAAGAAUCAUUGCUAAGUUAGCUGCUUGGGGGAAAGAACUGAUGGAAGGCAGUGACUUAAAUUACUAUUUCAAUUGGAUAAAAACUCAGCUGAGUUCACAGAAACUUCGUGGUAGCGGUGUUGCUGUUGAAACAGGAACAAUCUCUUCAAGUGAUAGUUCUCAGUAUGUGCAGUGUGUUGCUGGCUGUCUGCAGCUGAUGCUCCGGGUCAAUGAGUACCGGUUUGCCUGGGUGGAAGCAGAUGGAGUGAACUGUAUAAUGGGCGUUUUGAGUAACAAGUGUGGUUUUCAGCUUCAAUAUCAAAUGAUUUUUUCAAUAUGGCUCCUGGCAUUCAGUCCUCAAAUGUGUGAACACCUUCGUCGCUAUAAUAUCAUUCCUGUUCUAUCAGACAUCCUUCAAGAAUCUGUCAAAGAGAAAGUAACAAGAAUCAUUCUUGCAGCAUUCCGUAAUUUCUUAGAAAAGUCAACAGAAAGAGAAACUCGCCAAGAGUAUGCUCUGGCUAUGAUUCAAUGCAAAGUACUGAAACAGUUGGAGAAUUUGGAGCAGCAGAAGUAUGAUGAUGAAGAUAUCAGUGAAGACAUCAAAUUUCUUUUGGAAAAACUUGGUGAGAGUGUCCAGGACCUUAGCUCAUUUGAUGAAUACAGUUCAGAACUUAAAUCUGGAAGAUUGGAAUGGAGCCCUGUACACAAGUCUGAGAAAUUUUGGAGAGAAAAUGCCGUGAGGUUGAAUGAGAAGAACUAUGAACUCUUGAAAAUCUUGACAAAACUUCUGGAGGUAUCAGAUGAUCCACAAGUCUUAGCUGUUGCUGCUCAUGAUGUUGGAGAAUAUGUCCGGCAUUAUCCCCGGGGAAAACGGGUUAUUGAGCAGCUUGGUGGAAAGCAGUUGGUGAUGAACCACAUGCACCAUGAAGACCAGCAGGUUCGCUACAAUGCUCUUCUGGCUGUGCAGAAGCUCAUGGUGCACAACUGGGAAUAUCUUGGUAAACAACUACAGUCGGAGCAGCCUCAGACUGCUGCUGCUCGGAGCUGAGCUGACCUGUUCAGCCUUUCUGCACUUUCCAUGGACCAGUGGAGUGAGAACCUCAGUCUUUAGGGUCAAAAGCAAAUAGUUUUUAAUUUAAUGAUUACUUCUUUUCUGUUGUAUAGCUUUUCCCAAUGGUAAUUCCUGGGAGAAUAAAAGUGUUUGCUUGUUAAACUGUAUAAAAGUAGAUGCUGUCUGUAUUAGAGAAAUAUUACUGUUACUUAUAUUCUUUAUGAUUUUUGUAUUUAUUGUCCUCUGAAAAUGAAUAUAAUUAAAAGAUUCUCACUCCAAACAUGUUCUUAAAUUUUGCUUAUUCCUAUUGUGGACUUUGAAUAAACAUCAUUUAUUUUAAAUAAAAAUUGGGAGAAGUGUUCCCAG